AUAAUAUCUCCCUCCUCACUCUCCCCGAGUCCACAACCUCAAUAAUAUCCAAAGUCGGCGCCGGUGACCGUAUUCCGAUAUCUCCGUUGCCGACUCCUACCUUCGGGUCCCGUCACCUCCCCAUGAAUGUAUAGUAACUCUCACCGCCCAAUAUUUAGUAUAUAUAUAUAAUUAGAUCGAUUCGUUAUGGAAACGAGCGGUUAGGGUUAGGUUACCUUAUCCUGCGCCGGGACCCCCCUUAUCGUGCGCACCACCGCCAUGGCCGGAACUGCGGCGGCGGCGGCGGCAGCGGCGGCGGAGGAGGAAGAGGAGGUGGCGGGGUGGAGUCGGGACGACAACAAGGCGUUCGAGAACGCGGUGGCGGCGGUGGCGCCGCCGGAGGUGGCGGGGGCGGAGCGGGGCGGAGGAGGAGGAGGGGGAAGCGAGGAGGGCGGCGGAGGGGACGGGAAAUGGUGGGACAUGAUCGCGGCUAGGGUUCCGGGGAAAACGGCGGCGGAGGUGCGGCGGCACUACGAGAUUUUGGUGGAGGACGUGAGGGCGAUCGAGGCCGGGAGGGUCCCGAUCCCGCGCUACUCCGGCGAGGAGGCGGCGCCGCCGCAUCCUCCGGCGGCGGGGAAGGAGGGGCACGGGCACGGGCACGGGCACGGGCAGGGGCAAGGGGUUGGGGAGAAGAAGGGAUUAGGGUUUGAGGUGGGGAAGGGUUGCUCCAAAUCGGAGCAGGAGAGGAAGAAGGGGAUCCCGUGGACCGAAGAAGAACACAGGUUGUUCUUGCUUGGCCUCGACAAAUUUGGCAAGGGAGACUGGAGGAGCAUAUCGAGAAACUUCGUCAUCUCAAGAACUCCGACCCAAGUAGCGAGCCACGCCCAGAAGUACUUCAUCCGCCUCAACUCGAUAAACAGAGACCGCCGGAGAUCGAGCAUCCACGACAUCACGAGCGUGAACUCCGGCGAGGUCUCUUCUUCACCACAAGGCCCGAUCACCGGCCAGGGCAAUGGCACCCACCCUGCGACCAUACGUCCGCCUAUGGCUCACCAACCUCUCCCUUCUCAGCCUCCGAUCCCGGCAGUCGGAAUGUACGGGCCGCCGUUAGGGCAUCCUGUGCCCGGCCAUAUGAUAUCUGCAAUUGGAACUCCGGUUAUGCUCCCUCCUCCUGGACAUGUGCCCUAUGUCGUGCCGGUUGCCCACCCGGUGCUCUCCCCAAAAAUCCACCAAUGACAGUAAUAGCCUUCUCUCCAGUUGCCCUUGAUUUUUUUUUUUUAGCUUCCUCAAAACUAUCUUGGGUGAAUUGCACUAAUGGUCCCUAAACUAAUUGCUAAGGUCUUAUUUGGUAUUGUUGCCGUCAUUCUUUUUGUUCUUGCAUUUGUUAAUUCUGCGCGAUAGAAUGCGCGUGCGGAUGGUGGACUGCGUGCAGUCUGUACAUCUAUACUGUGUCUGUUUGGCAACAAAAGGCAAAUACUUGGAAGUAACCUUUUUUUCAAGUUCUUUGCUUGUUUGAGGAAGACACUACUCUUAGCGUCCAAUCAGGUCACAUUGCGAGCUAGCCAAUGAUGACCAUAGAAGAAAAGUCCAUCCGCAGGCGUAUCGAAUCACAUAGAAUUUUAAAAAAAAAAAAAAAAUAACGGCAUCAAUACCAAAUAGGUCCUAAGUUUCAGUUUUAGUACUUGACCUUCGAAUGUAAGCAUUUUGCCUCUGAACUUUUAUAUUUAAUCGUAGUCUUUCCGUGUAUGAUACACUCGAAAGCCACAUCCAAAUCAAAAAAUUCGACCUCGUACACAAUUUUCUUGCUUCAAACAUUCCCUUUCAAAUUUUGGUAGAUACUCUCAGUAUCAUGACAAGUUGCAGUGAAGUUGCUUGUAAGUGUUUCAUAAAUAGCGGCGUAGUUGGCCUUUCGGUUAAUUCCACUAAAGGUGAUUGAUUAGAACGGUUACAAUGAGAAAUUCAAUCUGCUCAAGAUGUUGAGCGCGUAAAUUUGAAGGUCGGGUACUCGUAAUGUUCCAGGAUCAUUUGUGCAAUUCAGCAGUUGUAAAGGUUCAGUUUGAGGGCUAUUGAUUGUUUUUGUAUCUGUCGGCUCAAUAAGCAAGGGAAGGUGAAUGUUUAUUGUUAUUGUAAAUAGCAAAGCCUCCACGAUUUCGAGUUCUCGAGUGUAAGGAUGUAAUAUUUUUUUUUUUUUUUUGCUAUUUGGUCUUGCUGUUGUGGAUACUCGCCUUUUUGGUUGCUUGUGCAUUUGUAAACUUUUCUGGAGUAAAUAAUACCUUAAUGUCGGCUGUUUGCUUCUUUUUUUAUCAA